CAUGAACUCACUCCCACCAUUUUCCCACUCACCAUUCCUGUCACUCAGUUAAUCAUUGCAAACCGUUACUCGCUUUUUUCAUCUUCCUAUCUUCACCUAAAAAAUGGCACUUAAACUCUCACUCAUCAUGGAUCGCACUCUUCUUCACUCUUCUCCCUUCAAAAACCCAAACCUCUUCGCAUCACCACCUUCAAACCACCGUCACCUACCUCUUCGUUUCCGUCCUGCACCUUCCCUCAUUCAUUCACCGUCGAUACGACGCCGCACUGGAAUCGUAACCGCUAGCGUAGUUGGAGGAGGUUACGACGAAUCCGAAGAAGUGGUGGAGAAAAAGGAACUGGCAGAACAGAGUGUGUGGAGUCAGACGAAGGAAAUUGUUAAGUUCACAGCACCAGCAAUGGGGCUUUGGUUGUGUGAUCCAUUGAUGAGUCUCAUCGACACUGCUGUUGUUGCUCAUGGAAGCUCAACUGAACUUGCUGCUUUAGGUCCUGCUACGGUUGUUUGUGAUUAUAUGACCUUAACCUUCAUGUUUCUGUCGGUUGUUACUUCCAAUAUAAUUGCUACUGCCCUUGCUAAACAGGAUGAAGAGGGUGUGCAGCAUCACUUAUCUGUCCUGCUUUUUGUUGGGUUAGCAUGUGGCUGUGUGAUGCUCUUAUCUACAAAGUUAUUCGGUGCAGCAGCACUCACCGUUUUUACUGGGCCAAAGAAUGUGCAUGUAGUACCUGCAGCAAAUACUUAUGUCCAGAUUCGAGCCUUGUCAUGGCCUGCUUUACUUGUUGGAUGGGUUGCUCAGAGUGCAAGUCUUGGUAUGAAAGAUUCCUGGGGACCCUUGAAGGCUUUAGCUGCUGCCAGUAUUAUAAAUGGAGUUGGUGAUAUACUUCUAUGCAGUUGUUUAGGCUAUGGUAUUGCAGGAGCCGCUUGGGCCACAAUGGCAUCACAAGUUGUUGCUGCGUAUAUGAUGAUUCAAGCACUAAACAAUAAGGGAUACAAUGCACUUGCCUUCUCCAUUCCUACAAGGAAGGAAUUUCUGAAAAUACUUGGUCUUGCUGCUCCUGUAUAUGUGACGUCGAUAUCAAAGGUGGCUUUCUUCUCUCUACUUAUGUAUGUUUCUACAUCAAUGGGAACACAAACAAUAGCUGCUCAUCAGGUCAUGAUUCAAAUCUACAUGGCGUGUACAGUGUGGGGUGAACCUCUUUGCCAAACUGCUCAAUCAUAUAUGCCUGAGUUGAUGUAUGGAGUGAAUAGGAGUUUGGCAAAGGCCCGAUUGCUUCUAAGGUCUCUUGUAAUUAUUGGAGCUAUACUUGGUUUACUGUUAGGGAUAGUUGGAACAUCUCUUCUUUGGUUAUUCCCCUACAUUUUUACACCUGAUCAGAUGGUCAUCCAAAAGAUGCAUAGGACACUGAUUCCAUUCUUUCUAGCACUAGCUGUGACACCCCCUACUCGAAGCCUAGAGGGAACAUUGCUGGCUGGGCAGGAUCUUAGAUUUAUAAGUUUGUCAACAUGUGGAUGCUUUUGUCUGGGUGCUCUAGUAUUAUUGAUCUUUAGUAGAUAUGGUUUGCUAGGCUGUUGGUUUACCCUUGCUGGAUUUCAGUGGGCUCGGUUUUUAGUGGCCCUUCUGCGCCUUCUCUCUCCUAGUGGCAUUCUACAGACGGAAGAAACCAGGAUAAGCCAAAAGUUGAGGACUGCUUAGUUACCUGAAGUUGCACAUGUGAAUGAAAAUGCAUUUAAAUUUGGUUGGAUUUGCCAAGCAAUUUCAUUCCUUUCCAUUUACACUCUCAAGAGAGGGACGGAAAAUUUGUAGGCCCACAUAAAUAAAGGCAUUUCAAUUAUGUUCCUUUUCCCUCAAAAGUGGACAAAUAUAUAGUACUCUUGUUGUAGAUGCUCCUUCUAUUAACACAAUGACACUUGUCUUAUCAUGGUUU